ACGUGAGGGAGGAGGGGGCGGCGGGCGGCGGCGGGAGCCGGAGUUUCCCCGACAGCUGGAGGUUGCGGCGGCGGCUCCUCCUCCCCGCUCGAGCCAGGGCCCCCCGCGCUCCUCCUUAUUUACAAACACACAAAGGGCCGGGCCGGGGUCGCGUCUGCAGCCGGCAUGGGAGACAAGAAGAGCCCGACCAGGCCGAAGCGGCAGCCGAAACCCUCCUCGGACGAGGGCUACUGGGACUGCAGCGUGUGCACCUUCCGGAACAGCGCCGAGGCCUUCAAGUGCAUGAUGUGCGAUGUGAGGAAGGGCACCUCCACCCGGAAACCUCGACCUGUCUCUCAGCUGGUUGCACAACAGGUUACUCAGCAAUUUGUGCCCCCAACACAAUCAAAGAAAGAGAAAAAAGAGAAAGUAGAAAAGGAAAAAAGUGAAAAGGAAACAACUAGCAAAAAGAACAGUCAUAAGAAAACCAGGCCAAGAUUGAAAAAUGUGGAUCGGAGUAGUGCCCAGCAUUUGGAAGUUACCGUUGGAGAUCUGACAGUCAUUAUUACAGACUUUAAGGAGAAAACUAAGUCACCACCUGCUUCCAGUGCCGCAUCUGCAGAUCAACACAGUCAGAGUGGUUCUAGCUCUGACAAUACAGAGAGGGGAAUGUCCAGGUCAUCUUCGCCCAGAGGAGAAGCCUCAUCGUUGAACGGAGAAUCUCAUUAAAAUUUAUUUUCUCCAGUUUCUUUAGUCUCUUCUCUUCAAAACAUGCAAAUACACAAUUUCUGCCAACAGCUACCACAUUUUCAUGACAGAUUAUCCAUGCACAAUUGAUAUGUUUACUGGAACAUAAUUUAUGCAGUUUUACAAAAGUGAAGUGAAGCAGUAGAAAUAAUAAUUUAAAUGCAAUCUGCAAAUGCCUACAAAGCAUUUUCAGACUAACUUUUAAUCUUCACAUUUAAAGGUGCCAUGAAAAUGUGGUUUGAAUGUUCAUUAUGCAGUGUUAUUGGUAAGUCCAUUUUCACUUUUAGUUUAGUGAAUUCUAACACAACUCUUGGAGUCUCUACUAUUGGCAUGUACUGAAUUAAAAUUUUUAUAACAUAGUUCAAGCUGCCUAAAUAUGUAUUAUUUGAGAAUUGUGAAACAUAGUUAUAUGUAUGCAGAUCAAAGAUCAACUUAAUCAACUAUUGCUGCAACAGAAUUUUCAUAAUUAUUAUCUUCUUAAAAACACCUGCUGGUACUUGGUGUGCUUAAAUAGGAAAAAUGUUAUUAAAUAAAACAUUUGUAUGAAUUUUUGCCAAUGUUUGACAUCGUUUACUAAAUUACUGUUACUGAAUUAUGUUGCUGGUUUUACCAAUAUUUUCCUCACACUUAAAACACUUAUUGUAAUGUUUAUGAACAAAAAGAGUGAACAUACUAUAAGCAUUGGUUAUUUAGCUUUAUAAUUCAGAUACAGUACUACAUUGUCAUUAGACACUGGUAGUCUAUGUUCUGUAACCAAUAUCAAAUCUCAAAUGACUAAGCAUUUGGCAAAAAAUAAAUUUUAAAAUCUGAAAUUCUGGAAAAGCUUUAAAAAUAACUUUUUAGUACAGUUUUCAUUUCUGCUUAGCAUUAUUUCCUUGCCCCAAACUUGCCCAGUGUCAUAGUUGCAUAUCAGUUUAGUACAAAAAUACAAUGUUGCACAGGAGUAAGGAAAUAAGUAAUACUAUUACAUUUUGUUCUUAGAUCAGCUUCUUUGAUUUUGAACUGGCCCUUUAUUAAAUACUGUAGCAUCAGUCAUAAGAAAAAAAAAUGCAGUACCCUAUUUUCUUGCAUAAACUGUCAAAAUUUAUGCAUUUAGCAAUAUACUGAUACAGAGCAAAAAUAUUUACAGUCCCACCCGGUAUUAUGUAAAAUAACCAAUAAAAUAUUUUUAUGAAUACAGAUUUCGCAUUUUUGUUUACAACUAGGUGUUGUUUUUUUUAUGCACAAAAAAAUCCAUAUAUAGAUUUAAAUUAUAGGGUCAGAUUCAAUACAAAAAUGCAUCUGGCUCCUGUCCAAAGGAAGCCCGUUCACAUCCCAGUAAUUCUCUUUGUGUCUCAUUCAAAAUAUGUAUUUUUGGGUCAAUGUGAAAGUGGGAUGGACUUCUUUUGGUAGUGAAUCCAGCCCUAAAAUAUUACCUUCGUAUGAUGCAUCCUGAUAAUAGCUAAAAUAAUGGAUUUUUGUAGACCCUGACAAUUGUGGUGGUUGGUGGUUUCUUGUAGUAAUGUACCUUUCUGUUUUUUAAUGCAGUACUUCUACAGGCACAGUGGUACUGUCUAUUUUGUAAGAUGCGAGUUGUGAAAUACAGUUAGUUGCAUAAAAUGAAAGUCUGAUGUGAUAUCUAAAAACUUACAUACCUCAUUCCUUGGUGUUACUGUUAAACUUUUAAAAAUCCAAUGUUAAUUAUGGGUUAUUUCAAAUGGACAACUACUGACCUGGUUAAAAUGUAUUAUGCUUUACCUUACUAAACAUUUCUUCCAUUCCAAUUUUCUGAUCAUAUUUUAAUACUUUUUAAAACAUCGCAUUUUAAGUUUCAUAAAUGUUUUUUGGUUGGGGUGGGGCUAGAUGUUCAGUUAAUGAAUGUUAAUUCUUACAAAGAAAGAUACAUUCUUCUGAGUUUUACUUUUUAUCAUUUGUUAGGUGAAACUAUAUGCAGAGUAUACUGAAUUAAUGGAUUACAAGAGAGCUGAAUCUGUUUAAAGUAAGCAAUAUAGUGAUAGUGAAUCUCAAUGCAAGUUCCUUUAUGAAAUGUUUCAACUUUAAAACAAAAUGAAUGUUAACAUAUUUCAGUACUCUUUGCAAACAUAAAAUAGUGAUCUAGUACCUAUAGUUCACUAAGUCAGAACCUUAUUAUUAAAUUUAGUAUAGGUAGACCAUUCAGCGCCUGCAAAAAAUGGUCUUUUCUGUCUAGAGAAGUAGGUAGUCAUUGAUUUAUUUAGUAGUUAAUUUGCAUGGAAUUGACUACUAAGAGGCAUAAUCUAAUAUCAAAUGAAAGCAAUCCUUAGUAUCUACAAGAGCAAUUUUAAAGUGUGGUUAUUAUCAGAAAAGUGAUUGUAAAAAGAAUGUCACUGGAUUGCUCAUUUUUACUCAAGAAUUUCUAUAUCAAAUAUACUCCAUUUAUGUAAAAUUGCCAGUACUACAUACUCCACCUAGAGUUUGUGAUUAAGUUGUAGUAUUGGAGUGAUGUAAGAGGUGUAAAGAACAAUGAUUACGUAACCAAAAGUUAGCUUGCCAUUCCUGUUGAUGCAUGAAACGCAUCAGAAUUUUUGCUCUUCUACAGUAAAAGUGGUGCAACAGUGCUGAUGGCAGAGUU